AUGCCCUCCGGUUUUCCUCAGUCUCCACGUACGUCCCCGAGGGCGCGUCCCAAAACCCGGAUAACCGGAGCGCUCCCCAUGGACUACACGAAGGGCUCGUCCGCGGAGGAGCGGCCUGCGCAUGCUCCAUCGUCGGGGAAGUUUGGUGAGCGGCCUCCACCUAAACGACUCACUAGGGAAGCUAUGCGAAAUUAUUUAAAAGAACGAGGGGAUCAAACAGUACUCAUUCUUCAUGCAAAAGUUGCACAGAAGUCAUAUGGAAAUGAAAAACGAUUUUUUUGCCCUCCUCCUUGUGUGUAUCUUAUGGGCAGUGGUUGGAAGAAAAAAAAAGAACAAAUGGAACGAGAUGGUUGUUCUGAACAAGAGUCUCAACCCUGUGCAUUUAUUGGAAUAGGAAAUAGUGACCAAGAAAUGCAGCAGCUGAACUUGGAAGGGAAGAACUACUGCACAGCCAAAACAUUGUACAUAUCUGAUUCAGACAAGAGGAAACAUUUCAUGUUGUCUGUAAAAAUGUUCUAUGGCAACAGUGAUGACAUCGGUGUGUUCCUUAGCAAGCGGAUAAAGGUCAUCUCCAAACCUUCCAAAAAGAAGCAAUCAUUGAAAAAUGCUGACUUGUGCAUUGCCUCAGGGACAAAGGUGGCGCUGUUUAAUCGACUUCGGUCCCAGACCGUUAGCACCAGAUACCUGCACGUAGAAGGAGGGAAUUUCCAUGCUAGUUCACAGCAGUGGGGAGCAUUUUACAUUCAUCUCUUGGAUGAUGAUGAAUCGGAAGGAGAGGAAUUCACAGUUAGAGAUGGCUACAUCCAUUAUGGACAGACUGUCAAGCUGGUGUGCUCAGUUACUGGCAUGGCACUCCCAAGACUGAUAAUUAGGAAAGUUGAUAAGCAGACAGCAUUACUGGAUGCAGACGACCCUGUAUCACAACUCCACAAAUGUGCAUUUUACCUUAAGGACACAGAAAGAAUGUACUUGUGCCUUUCUCAAGAAAGAAUAAUCCAAUUUCAGGCCACUCCAUGUCCAAAAGAACAGAAUAAAGAAAUGAUAAAUGAUGGAGCGUCCUGGACAAUCAUCAGCACAGACAAGGCUGAGUACACGUUCUAUGAGGGAAUGGGCCCUGUCCUUGCCCCGGUCACUCCUGUGCCUGUCGUAGAAAGUCUCCAGUUGAAUGGCGGCGGGGAUGUAGCCAUGCUUGAACUCACAGGACAAAACUUUACUCCAAAUUUACGAGUGUGGUUUGGGGAUGUAGAGGCCGAAACAAUGUACAGAUGUGGAGAGAGCAUGCUCUGUGUGGUCCCAGACAUCUCUGCAUUCCGAGAAGGUUGGCGAUGGGUCCGGCAGCCAGUCCAGGUUCCAGUAACUUUGGUCCGUAAUGAUGGAAUCAUUUACUCCACCAGCCUUACCUUUACCUACACCCCAGAACCAGGGCCAAGGCCGCACUGCAGCGCAGCGGGAGCCAUUCUCAGAGCCAACUCAAGCCAAGUGCCCACCAAUGAGUCAAACACAAACAGCGAGGGAAAUUACACAAAUGCCAGCACAAAUUCUACCAGUGUCACGUCGUCCACAGCAACUGUGGUGUCCUAACUACCGUCUUUUUGCUGGGACUUAAACUGACUUGAAUGCGGCAAAAAGUUGACAGAAAAAGGCAAGGAUAAAGUGAACAAUCUUUUGUGGUUUCUUGGGGAAACGUUUCAUACCAGGUGAUCUAUUCAAAACUGCAAGUGCAGAUGUGAAAUGCAGAAGCCACAGUGAAAUGAACAACAUCACAAUGUACAGGCUGCUGGAAAUCCAGUUUUCAGCUGUCUCUCACACACCCCCCUUUUGGUUGUUUUUGGUUUGGUUUUGAUUUAAUGGUCAAGAGAUAGACAUGUGGCUGAGUACAGGUUAAGCUAGAAGACACAAACCUAACCUAGUUUUUAUGGACCAAGGGACUUGCAUAAGCUUUAGUAAAAGGUACAUUUUCACCAUGCCUUUUUUAUACUGCAGUAUGUCAAACACCUUGUUACCAAACGGGUUGCGCUCCCCACCCGUUGAGGGUUGGCUCUAAAGUCUAAUCAGGUUCUAGCCUGACCUUGCUUGUUCAAUCUGAGUACCGAACACUUCCAGGUUCUUUUGGUCUAAGGCUGGAACUUUUUUUAAGCUGAAGUCUUAUGACUUUUUCAUAAGUUGGAAUUAUUUUGAUUUCAGCAAGUCAAAUUUUGUAAAGGCCUGCAUAUUUUUUUUAUGAUUAUAUGAAGUCUGCAAAAGCUUUAAAAAUGCCUCUGCCUUGCCUGCAAUACAUGCAAUGUAUGUUAACUUAGUCUGUUCUCAGAUACUGUUGGUAGUUACUUCUGUGUUUUCCCCUUUUUAAAGAAAUGUAUUUAUAGUGGUAAUCUAAGAGAUGCUAACAGCUCAGUCGGGGUGGCCGUUCCGUGAUCCUGAGUUGAUGGCACUGAACACCGCCAUUUGACAGCUGUGCGCCUCUGCCUGUCCAUCACUUCAUCUGUGUUCCAGGAGUCGUCCAGGUCCCCUCCCCAAGUCUGUACAUAACUUGUAUUAUGUGUAAGUUAAACAUUUUUAAACAUUUUAUCUUUACUUGGAAUGUUCCCAGUGAUUACAUUUAACAGGGUGUUUCCUACCUUGUUGGCAAAUGGCAAAAAAUAUCAUGAGAAUUAUUUGCUACCAAGUUGGUGCCCUUAGGGUAAAAUGAGAAAGUCUCUGCAGGAUGAUUUAUUGUAUUUUUUUUCCUUUUUUUUUUAGCCUAGCCAGAACAUCAUUAUAAUUUUAAACUUAAGACCAUAAGAUGGCUUUUAUUAGAUGAUAACUAAAUAAACUGAACUAAGUAGCCAGAAGACAGUACCUUAGAGACAGAUAGUUGUAAGUUUAUAAAAAUACAAAUGUAACUUAUAUUUC